AUGUGCUACGACCGCUACGUGUCCAUCUGCAAACCCCUGCACUACGGGACCCUCCUGAGCAGCAGAGCUUGUGCCCACAUGGCAGCAGCUGCCUGGACCAGUGGUUUUCUCUAUUCACUGCUGCACACAGCCAAUACAUUUUCCCUGCCCUUGUGCCAUGGCAAUGCCCUGGGCCAGUUCUUCUGUGAAAUCCCCCAGAUCCUCAAUCUCUCCAGCUCCAAAUCCUACCUCAGGGAAUUUGGACUCAUUGCUAUUACUGCCAGUUUAUCAUUGUGUUGUUUUGUGUUCAUUGUUUUCUCCUAUGUGCAGCUCUUCAGGGCUGUGCUGAGGAUCCCCUCUGAGCAGGGACGGCACAAAGCCUUUUCCACCUGCCUCCCUCAUCUGGCUGUAGUCUCCCUGUUCCUCAGCACUGCAAUGUUUGCCUACCUAAAGCCCACCUUCGUGUCCUCACUAUCCCUGGAUCUGGCCCUGUCAGUUCUGUACUCGGUGGUGCCUCCAGCCCUGAACCCCCUCAUCUACAGCCUGAGGAACCAGGAGCUCAAGACUGCAGUGUGGAGACUGAUGACUGGAUGCUUUCAGGGACAUUAAACUGCUGGCCAAUUUCAGCAAAUAUCUUCUAAUACAUGUCUUCUUUGCUAUUUCUUGGUGGUUUGAUUUUGUAAGGUUUGUUUUCCUUUUUUCACUUUUUUCAUAUGUUCCAAAUAAAAAUGUCAUUUUUUGUGCCAGAUCUCAUUUUGUUUCUCUUUGCCUUCUGUGGACACAGA